AUGGCACCAUUUGAAGCACUGUAUGGUAGACGUUGUCGGACGCCUCUUUGUUGGUUUCAAGAGGGAGAGUCAGUAUUAGUUGGACCGAAGUUGAUUCAGCAGACCACUGAGAAAUUGAAGCUUAUACAGGAAAGGAUGAAGGCUUCUCAGAGUAGGCAAAAAUCCUAUGUUGAUAAAAGACGGAGACCGUUAGAGUUUGCGGUUGGGGAUCACAUUUUCCUUAGAGUGACUCCUAUUACUGGUAUAAGUAAAGACAUUCGUUCUAGGAAGUUGUCUCCAAGGAAAUAUGUGUCAGAUCCUUCUUAUGUGUUAGAGGUGGACGAUAUGCAUGUCAUAGAUGAUCUCUUAGUGGAUGUUCUUCCCAUAGGGAUUGUGGAGAGCCAGAUGAAACAACUUAGAAGAAAGACCAUCAGUCUAAUCAAAGUUGUCUGGGAUAAAAGGACAGGUGACUCUACUUGGGAGUUAGAGGGAGUCAUGAGUAAGUCUAAUUUUUGA